CCACCAUGGCGCGGAGCGAGGCAGCGGCGGCGGGGCCGGGCCCGGGGCCCCCCCUUGACUGGGUACUGGCCCAGGCCCUGAUUCCCUGAAGAGAGGUGAGCGGGGGUCCCACAGGCUGGGGAGAGAGAUGUGGAGUGACUGGGCUUGUUCUGAGCCAGCUGGAGGCCUGGAACACUGCCUUGUAUGGAUUUCAGUGGCGGGUAUGGCAGGGACCAGGUGCCCCCCAGGCUGGGGAGUAGGGACAAGGUCAGGAACAUCGUGUUUGGAUGAAGAAACCGAGAUUCAGAGAGGUUCAGACACUUGCCCGAGGUCACACAGCUAAUCUCACCUCCCACUCCUCCCGUCUUCCCCCUGCACCAUGGCUCCAGGCCCCUUCUCCUCGGCGCUCCUCUCGCUGCCGCCUGCUGCCCUGCCCUUUCUGCUGCUUCUCUGGGCGGGGGCAUCUCGAGGCCAGCCCUGCCCCGGCCGCUGCAUCUGCCAGAACGUGGCGCCCACGCUGACCAUGCUGUGCGCCAAGACCGGCUUGCUCUUUGUGCCUCCGGCCAUCGACCGGCGCGUGGUGGAGCUGCGGCUCACCGACAACUUCAUCGCGGCCGUCCGCCGCCGAGACUUCGCCAACAUGACCAGCCUGGUGCACCUCACCCUCUCCCGGAACACCAUCGGCCAGGUGGCGGCCGGUGCCUUUGCAGACCUCCGCGCCCUCCGCGCCCUGCACCUCGACAGCAACCGCUUGGCGGAGGUCCGGGGCGACCAGCUCCGCGGCUUGGGCAACCUCCGCCACCUGAUCCUCGGCAAUAACCAGAUCCGCCGGGUGGAGUCGGCCGCCUUCAACGCCUUUCUCUCCACCGUGGAGGACCUGGAUCUGUCCUACAACAACUUGGAGGCCCUGCCGUGGGAGGCCGUAGGCCAGAUGGUGAACCUGAACACCCUCACGCUGGACCACAACCUGAUCGACCACAUCGCCGAAGGUACCUUCGUGCAGCUUCACAAACUGGUUCGCCUGGACAUGACCUCCAACCGCCUGCAUAAACUGCCCCCUGACGGGCUCUUCCUGAGGUCCCAAGGCCCCGGGCCAAAGCCACCCACGCCGCUCACGGUCAGCUUCGGCGGCAACCCCCUGCACUGCAACUGCGAGCUGCUCUGGCUGCGGCGGCUGACGAGGGAGGAUGACCUGGAGACGUGCGCCACCCCUGAGCACCUCACUGACCGCUACUUCUGGUCCAUCCCCGAGGAGGAGUUCCUGUGUGAACCUCCGUUGAUCACUCGGCAGGCAGGCGGCCGGGCCCUGGUGGUGGAGGGCCAGGCGGUCAGCCUGCGGUGCCGCGCUGUGGGUGACCCUGAGCCGGUAGUGCAUUGGGUGGCACCUGAUGGGCGGUUGCUGGGGAAUUCGAGCCGGACCCGGGUCCGGGGGGAUGGGACACUGGAUGUAACCAUCACCACCUUGCGGGACAGUGGCACGUUCACUUGCAUAGCCUCCAACGCCGCCGGGGAAGCCACGGCACCGGUGGAGGUGUGCGUGGUGCCUCUGCCUCUGAUGGCGCCCCCGCCGGCCGCCCCACCACCUCUCACCGAGCCUGGUUCCUCGGACAUCGCCACACCUGGCCGACCUGGUGCCAAUGAAUCUGGGGCUGAGCGCCGGCUUGUGGCUGCCGAGCUCACCUCCAGCUCCGUGCUCAUCCGCUGGCCAGCCCAGAGGCCCGUGCCUGGCAUCCGCAUGUACCAGGUCCAGUACAACAGCUCCGCGGAUGACUCCCUUGUCUACAGGAUGAUCCCAUCCACCAGCCAGACCUUCCUGGUGAAUGAUCUGGCAGCGGGCCGCGCCUACGACCUGUGCGUGCUGGCCGUCUACGACGAUGGGGCCACGGCGCUGCCCGCCACCCGAGUGGUGGGCUGCGUGCAGUUUACCACGGCGGGGGAUCCCGCGCCCUGCCGCCCACUGAGGGCCCAUUUCUUGGGCGGCACCAUGAUCAUCGCCAUCGGGGGUGUCAUUGUCGCCUCCGUCCUCGUUUUCAUAGUUCUGCUCAUGAUUCGCUACAAGGUCUACGGCGAUGGGGAUGGCCGCCGAGUCAAGGGCACCUCCAGGUCGCCUCCGCGGGUCAGCCACGUGUGCUCUCAGACCAACGGCGCAGGCGCAGGCGCAACGCAAGCCCCGCCCCCGCCGGCGCAAGACCGCUACGAGGCGCUGCGCGAGGUGCCAGCUCCGGCUGCGGCGGUGGCCGUCGAGGCAAAGGCCGUGGCGGCCGACACGGCUUCCGCGGAACCGGAGGCGGUCCUUGGACACUCCCUGGGCGGCUCAGCCACCUCGCUGUGCCUGCUGCCGUCCGAGGAAACCUCCGGGGAGGAGUCCUGGGCCGCGGCUGGCCCUCGGAGGAGCCGUUCUGGGGCCCUGGGACCGCUGGCUUCGGCGCCCCCCACUUUAGCUCUGGUUCCUGGGGGAGCCCCGGCCCGGCCGAGACCGCAGCAGCGCUAUUCGUUUGACGGGGACUACGGGGCGCUCUUCCAGAGCCACAGUUACCCGCGCCGCGCCCGGCGGACAAAGCGCCACCGGUCCACGCCGCACCUGGACGGGGCCGGAGGGGGCGCGGCCGGGGAGGACGGAGACCUGGGGCUGGGCGCCGCCAGGGCGCGCCUGGCCUUUACCAGCACCGAGUGGAUGCUGGAGAGUACCGUGUGAGCGGCUGGCGGGCGCCGGGACGCCUGGGUGCCGCGGACAAACGCCCAGCCGCCCGGACGCCGGGGCAGGACUCGGGGGACAAAGCUCCGAGCAAAGACGUCGGACUGCAGGGGAGGCGUGCCCUUCUCCUCCCUGGAUGGGGUGGGCGGCCUGGGCUGCGGCUCGAAGUCACGCCCCCGCGCUUAGGGGGGUUGGAGGGUGGGCAGCCGAGCUCCUCUCCCCCACGGACUUUAAGCCCCCCUCCUGCCCUUCCCCCCGCGCGCUCGCGGACCUCGCUGGAGCCGGUGCCUUACACAGCGAAGCGCGGGGAGGGGCAGGGUCCCCCGACACUGCAGCACUGAGACACGAGACCCCUCCCCCUGCCCGGGACCCGGGGCAGGGGCGAGGGACCCAUUUCUUGUAUCUGGCUGGACUAGAUCCUAUUCUGUCCCGCGGCGGCCUCCAAAGCCCCCACCCCCACCCCAUUCAAUUCCCUGGUCCCGUCGGGUCUGGCUUGGGGUGCCCCUUUCUCUGUUCCCUUCGUUUGUCUCUGUCACGCCCUCUGUCGUCUCUGUCUUACGUCAUUCCCUGUUUGUCUCUUAUUUCUCUGUCCCGUCAUCUCUUCUCUCUCUGAACUCCCGUAUUGCGUCCAGCCUCCUUGUCUCUCCAGAUUAUAUCUCCCCAGUACACAUUCUCCCGGGCAGGUCCCACUGGAAGGACCAGACUCACCCCUCUUCCUUCCUCUUAACCCCCAAAUAAAUCCCCACAUGAACAAAAUCCAAAACCAAAUCCCCCUCCCUACCGGAGCCGGGACCCUCCGCCGCAGGAGAAUUAAACAUUUUUCUGUGUCUGAGGCCA